GAUACACCCGGGACACUUCGCCCAGCUUUUGUCCCGUCUCUUCUAACACCGAUGAAUACCGGAGAUGCCCUUCCCAUUAUUGUGAUUGCCGCGGGGAGCAGCGGGGGCGAUUCGGUCAUUGCGCGCCACUCCACGCGCGGAUUAUAAUGUCACCCACGCGCGGCCACGCUUCGCUUCGCUGCUUCUCGCUUGGACGUCGUUGACGGCGGCGGUCAGGAGGCGGGGAGCUAGUGCAAUGCAGCCGCCGGAGUCAGCCCAUCGCCACGGCGCGUCCUCGUCCUCAUCCGGCGCUCAGCGGCGGCGGAGCGUCGGGUGCAUGGCCGGUCUCCUCCGCCUGCUCUCGCCGUACCACCGUAGCCACCACCGGAAGCGCCUCACCGCCAAGAACGCCGCGCCGCCGGUGGUCUGCACUCCGCCGUCUCCACCGCCACCAUUCAGGCAGAAGGUGCCGGUGGCGACGUAUUCACCUUCGUCGCAGGGACAGCCGCCGCAGCAGCAGAUGCAUCCAGCGCCGACUCCGGUCCGUCGGCGGCGCUCCUGCGACGCGCCGCGGAGCCCGACGAUCGCGCCGGAGCACCGCCGGGCCAGCUGCGACAGCCCCCGCCCGACGCCGCCGGCCAUCGUCGCCCGCCUCAUGGGCCUGGAGGAGUCCGCGCCGCCGUCUCCCGCCGCGACGACGCCGCGGCCACUACCGACUCGACCCCCUCCCCCUCCCCCGGAGACGGCGGCGGAGAAGCGGCGGAAGCUGCUGGGCGCGCUGGAGAAGUGCGACGAGGACCUCAAGACGCUGCGGCGGAUCAUCGCCGCCGUCCGCGCCGCCGAGAUGCGCGCGGCCGCCGCGUCCGACGCCCCGCCGACUCCAGAAGCCACAGGGAAGGGAUCAGACAACCGGUGGAAGGACGACGGCAGCCGCGACGUCGAUCCGUCGCCGUCGCCGACACCGCAGAAGCCGCGGUCCGAGGAGCACUACCCGAGUCCUGACUCCGUGCUGGACGCCAUCACCUCCCCGAGAUUCCCAUGCAGGAAACGGUCGUCUCCCUGCACGGAUCUCGAUGCAGAUCGCAAGCUCAGCUGCGGUACCCCCGCCGUCGGAUCGAAGAUCGUGAAGCCCUCUCGCACGCUCGUUUUCUCGGGCGACUAUUGCAAGAUCAAACCAUGCAACGAGCUGCACGCCGUCGCCAUGUACCACCACCCGGUGGUGGCCAUCGAGGCCAUACCGAGGUGGAUACCGCCGCCGCCGCCGCCGUCGUCGGAGAUCAGCUGGCGGCACCGGCGACGGUGGGGCCUCGAGGCGGCGGCGGCAUCCGGGCGGAGCCGCGCGAUGGCGGAGAGCGUGGGGGAGGUGUGGGGGCAUGGCGCCGACGAGGAGCGGCACGAGGCCGGCCGUGUCGGCGCGGCGCUGGAGCGCGCAAUCCUGCACGACCUGGUCGGGGACGUCGUCGCGGAGAUGCUCGCGCAGUCGGCGGCGCCAACGCCGCACCCGUUCGUCCACGGCGCCGGCGCCGCCAUGUGCAGGAAAAGGCUGGUCUUCUGAUCGAGACAACCAAGCUAGGAAUUGAACCGCUACAGCUAGCGCGCGUCUGCGAGUACGUCUCCAAGUCCAUCUCCAUGGGUGUCAGCCACUGACAAGCCCAUGAUCUCAUCAUGGCCGCCUUGAAAGAAAAGGAUUCGCGACGCAUUUGGCGUAGUACACGCUGUUGUAGGUGGAGGGCAAUAAAAGUGAUGCAACUCUUCACAAAAUGUGGGAACUGCCUGUUGCUACUACCGUCCCUACGAGGAUGGAUUCUAAUCUCUCGGGUGGAAGUCCACUCGUUUCUUUCAUGUCACUUAAAUAAUUAUAAAAUAAUUCUAAAAAAAAUCACAAGAUAGGUUAAUAUGUAA